CCUUGGCCAAGCGCCUUUACUACCUCUGGAUGUAUCACUGGGUUGGCUGAACAUUUUCAUCUCGUACAGCGAAGCAUCCCAGCUGGCUGCUCCAUUACAUUGCUUGGUGGGCAUUAAUUCUGAUUGGAACAAAGAUUCAUCCUGAAGUUCUGAGGCACAGAAGUGCAGAUGACAGAUUCUCCUCUGCAUUGUCUAGUCUCUGGUAGGCUUCCCUUCAUUGUAGUAGGCCUGUAUCACUUAGCCUCCUGGUAUCUUAUUGGAGAAAUAUUUUUCCUGUUGAACUGAUCUGGACGUGCCAUAGACCAUCAGGAACUUGUGACUUCAGUUCUCAGAAUCGGUCAGUUGGUGUUCAAUGGCUCAAGCAGAUUUGUCCUGGGAAAGGCAGCUUGGCUACUUGGUCCAACUUGCCUGGGAGCGCACUCCCUUUAGUGAAGCCAUUGCUGGUGGCAAGUGAGGAGCUUCCUUUAGUUUUCUCAUUUCCAUCCUUUGGUGGCAAGGGAGAAAUUAAUUGUGUUUCAGUUACUCUCACUCGUAGAUGAUUGUACCUUUCCGCCGCCCCCAAACUCUCACCACCUGUAAUGGGUGACAUAUGCAGGGGAGCCACAAUUAGGCCAUGAUUCAUUGAUGCCAGCCUGCUCCGGCUAGCUUGGAACCAUUGCCCCAGGGAGCCUGGUGGGCAUGGAAAGACUAAUUGUGAAAAUUAUAGAGGGGAGAAGGAUGAUAAAAACUGAAGACAAAACCCCACCCUUGGCUUAAACCUGCCUGAACAUUUCUGAACCCCAUGGACGUAGCCACCUGAAGGGUCCCUUCAGUCACAGCUUACUUUCUUGCCGUGUGCUACUUUGCUCCCUCUGUGUGUCUGUGUGUAUAUAUGUUUGCAGUGAACAGCAUCACCUUGGCAGUGAAUCUGAUUGGCUGCCUCGCAUGGCUGAUUGGAGGCGGUGGAGCUGUUAAUUUUGGACUGGCAAUUCUCUGGCUCCUUCUCUUUACACCCUGCUCCUAUGUCUGCUGGUUUAGACCUAUUUACAAAGCCUUCAAGACAGACAGUUCUUUCAGCUUCAUGGCUUUCUUCUUCACCUUCAUGGCCCAGCUGGUGAUCAGCAUUAUCCAGGCGGUGGGGAUCCCUGGCUGGGGAGUCUGUGGCUGGAUUGCAGCAAUAUCCUUCUUUGGGACCAACGUAGGUGCAGCUGUGGUGAUGCUUAUCCCCACCAUCAUGUUUACAGUCGUGGCAGUCUUCUCCUUCAUUGCCCUCAGUAUGGUGCAUAAAUUUUACCGGGGCAGCGGAGGGAGUUUCAGCAAAGCGCAAGAAGAGUGGACCACGGGAGCUUGGAAGAACCCGCAUGUACAACAGGCAGCGCACAAUGCGGCAGUCGGUGCUGCACAAGGGGCCACGAUGCAGCAUGAAACACCGUAUUCUGCCACCCCUAACUACACCUAUUCCAAUGAGAUGUGAGCAGAAGACUCUGUCCUGAGGGGUGGGGGAGAGGGAGAAUACUGCUGAGCCAAGUCUGUGUAAGCAUUUCAACAAGGGAAGUGUAAGAUACUUGAUUUUUCCCUCUACUCUAGAACAGGGUAUUUUUUGUUUGUUUUUUUCUGAUUCUCUUUUCUCAUUUUGAAGAAGCUGUGAGUUGACCUGCAGGACACUUGUGCUGUGCAGUAGUAACUGUGUGCUUGUGUUCCCCCGUGAAGUAGUGUACGGUGGUGAUUUUUAAAUUACUGUGGUGAUAGGUGUAUGUUUAUAACAUCAGCAACAAAAAA